AUGUUCUCCAGCCAGAGGCCCGUUCGGUUCAGGUGGUGGUGGUUAUGGGGGUGGGGAAGAGGGUCUAGUGCAGGAGGCCUCUGCGGUGGGAUCCCAGCGUCAAAAAAAGUGGCGGAGCUCUUGGGUUAGCCAGAGGUGAAGGUGAAGAUCAUUAGAGGGUGUUUUUUUAGGGUUGGCUGGCUGUGGCUCUUUUGGCUGGCUUUGGGUGAUCGUGCCCAGAGGGCGGAGUUGCUGCGAUUUCCUACCUCUCAGCGGAGAACCUGCCCUCUCGACUCCACGGCAGAAGGACGGGACCUUCUGGGAAGGAAAACAGCUGGACGAAGGAUCUCAGCGAGCCAUCCUGGCAGCAGUAGCAGCAGCAAGCAGCAGCAGGGUAGGUGAAGUUCAAGCCAGCCAGCCCCCAUUCCGCCUUCUCCCUAAGGGGGGGGGGUGAGGGGUUCAGGAGAAGAGAGAUGGGAAAGCUUCUGUCUAUAUCCAUUCUUCGGCCUUCACCCGGGAAAAAUAAAUAAAUCAAAUAUUAUGAAUUCUCUCUCCCUAUCUACCUCCAUUUCGAUCUGUAAAUUUGGACGGGCCAAGAAUUGGAUCGUCUUUUCUACACCGCACAAUCCCCCACAAUAGCAACACCCCCCCUUCUCUAUUCGUUCUUCUUCAGUUUUAUUUAUUUGUUAUUUUAAGAGUCAUGACCUGGGUAAAAUGUAUCCUGCUUUCUUCCAUUGAAACACUGUAGACCUUUGACAACUGGCGAGGAGAAGGAAGACUUUGCCUGCUUUUCAAAGGGGGAGACUCGAGCGACAAAGAGCCAAGGUGACGAAAAGCCAAGACGAUUGCGCCGCUGAGAGAGCCUUUGUUUGCCUUUUGAAGCGGGUGGGAAGAAUUACCUGCGGCGGAAAGGAAGAAGGAGUCCAAGGAAUCCGACCUGCUUGGUCGCCGCCGCCGCCUUCUUCUUCCUUCGCCCUUUUCGAACUGGUGAGUGCAGCUUUGCUCUCUCCUAAACUUCACCGAGCGCUGUUUACAUUUCUUUUGGGGUUGCUGCUUGUUUUAAUUGCCAGUUUCUCUUUCUUUCAUUCAUUUGUCUAAACACAGAUUCACGAUUUAGAAAGAGAAGGUUUUUUUUAAAAGGAGUUUUUUUUUUGCAAUUUCUCCCUCUCCCCCCGCCACCUUUUUGCUUUAAUUUCAAUGCGAUACCGUGUUCAGGUGUCACAUGUGCCUAAAUAAUUGUGGGUUUCCUAAAUACAUAUGGAUAGGACCCAGCCAAACUUAAGAACCCUUUAAGGCCCAUUGAUCGCUCCAGCAUGAUCAUGAAUGCUUCCGCCUCCCAUUGAAGACAAUGAGAUAUUAAGUUCCUACAUUUGGUUUAAAAGCGCUUGUGGUCUCUCUCUCUCUUUCUCUCUCUCUGUAUAUAUACAUCUGUGUGUAUCUAUCUAUGCAGAUAAUUUUUUUUUUAUUAUUUUAAUGAGGUUUUCUCAAGACAGCUUCCUUGUCUGCACCGCUUUCAUUAUGCAAAACGCUUUACUAUCAGUGCAAUCCUAUGCAGAUUAACUCAUAAAUAAAUUGAACUCCAUCAGUCGCUCUCCUUAGGAAGCGUGCUCAGAAUUGUCCAGUGGCUCCCUAUUUCAUAUUUAAGAUAAAGAAAAAGUGUCGCCAGCAACAUUUAAGAAAGGAAAAGCGAUUUAUGUAAAGGUUAAAAAAAAAGAAGGAAAGGGAUUAUUAUUCCUGGAUAUUGUACUGAGAUGAGAAAUUAACUGGAGUACUACAAGAUAAACUUUUGAAACGGCUCUGGUGUCAAAUUUCGGCGUGCUCCUCUUUAAGUGCUUCCAUGCAGUUUCAGGACUUAUUUGUGCUAGAAACUUUUCAGUCUUCCACACGAGCCCAAUCCAGCCAAAGUGAAGCAUCCCAAAAUCGUUUGGCUGUAGGUUCGGGAGACUCGUUCGCGUGCUUUCAAUUCUUCCCCAAGCAAAAUCACUGAGCUUCAAGCUUAAUUUUAGCUGGAUCGCGCGGCCCAUAUUUUCUUUGAAGGAGACCCUCAUAAGUCGAUGGAGUGAACGUCCAGUAAAGGCUGCCACUCCAAGUCUUGUGUAUUUAACUCCUAGGGACAGAUAUGAGACUUCUGUGUCGCUCGUACUGGAAGGAACGAAGGAACGCUUGAGACGCAGUUUUCCUACGCAUGCUUAUUUGAGAACAGGAUCCAUUUAGGAAUGGGCCUAAGGCUGAAAUCUUACGCACACUUUCCUGGGCGUAGACAUGAUGGAGAUUUCAAGCUUCCAUGUUAAAGAAUUGCAGUGGGCGAGAUAUCUGUAUUUGACUACAUUUCGUUCAGUGAGGCUGACUCCCACAUAAAUUGGUACAACAUUGCAGCCUUAACUGGGUGUGGAUCGUGAAAUCGACUUAACUUUUGACCCCCUCCCAGGUUUUAUCUUUUUAAAAAUAGUGAUGUGAUGCGUCUAUGCUGGACUGUUAUGCUCAGUGCUGGCUUUUGGGGGGAGGGUUUUUCUUUUCUUUUUAAAUCUUCUUAAUGGUUAAAGUUGACCCGCUGGGAAGGGGGAACAGAAGAACAAUGUAGCGUGCGCCACACUGUAAAUUAUCUUUUCCCCCUAAUUCCCCUGUUCCUGUAAUUUGUAAUCUCAAGAAAAUAAUUAAUUGUUAAUACACCAAUUUGAGUUACCCAAACGCAGGGAAGAUAAAAACACCUGCUGAACGCAAUCAGAGCCAACGGUAAUGAAGUACUGAGAGGUUUAUCUCCCCUUGCAGGAAAUGGAAAGAGGGUGAAGUUCAUUCUCCCUCCCUCCAAAGGCAAUUUAUAUACAAUGAAAUUAGUAGUCAGGAGAGAGAAUGGAUCUAGCGGUGACAGUUUUUAAGAAACCUGCCUAUGGGAUAAAUGGGUCAAUUUAGAUUUUGAAGCGACUAAGAAAGAAAGAAAGAAAGAAAGAAAGUGAGUCUGAAAUGCUGUUUUGGUUACUUAAUUUUUCUCCAUGGAUACGGCACUGUUUCACCUUCCGCCUCUGUCGUGCAAUGCUUGCUUACAGCUGAUUGACAGAAAUAGUCCCUAAGUUUAGGGAGAUGAACUGGAGGUUGCUCUGGUUUGAGGAACGCGUGGAAUGUGGGCACAUGGGCAACGUUAAGGUUUAUUAAGUGUGUUUAUGCAAUAGGAUUUAUGCCUCUGCUGUUCUUUAAACUGCAGGGCGAGGGCGCUAUUGCCAAGCGCAAGAAACCAAGAGCUCAGUGUUCCCUCCUCUGGCACACAUGUUCGAAUUUCAGGUGCCUAGAAAAUUUGACUGCCAUAUAGAUACAUAAGCUUCACCUUCAGUGUGUGUGAGUGCAUGGGUGGGUGGAUGGCUGGAUAGAUAGACAGACAGAUAGAGACUGAUUCGGAUCUCUCAGUGUUACUCUUCUAGUGGUAAAUUUAAAAAUUCUUUCCUCCCUUGUCAUUACUGCAAAGGGGAAUCUAAUUCAGGCCAUCUGCCCCGGCCCCAGGCUCCAUAGCUUAUGGUGUGGAAGGAAAGAACAUUAAAGCCCAUGGAAAUCUCUUCCCCCAUCCGAAUGUACUGAAGCCAAGAGCUUCACCUCUCACCUUCAAUUGACAACCUUGCCUACACGCUAUACUUUUAAAGCACAUUCGAAGCACCUUUCCCCCUCAAAUAAUUCUGGGCACUGUACUUUCUUGAAGGUUGUCGGGAACUGUAAGUCUGUGAAAGGCGAGCUACAGUUCCCAGGAUUCUCCGAGGGCGAGGACGUGCUUCAGAUGUGCCUUAAAGGUACAGUGUCGGUGUCGCUGAGCUCAGGCGCGGCACUUCGUGGCAAACCACCAUCGGGCACGUCGGCAGCAGCGGACAGAGGCUCUUGCACUGAGAAGCACCGGCAUCUAAGCAAGCCCCGUUCCCUGCUACUGUCGCCGCCGCCGCCGCCGCCGCUUGUUGAUGCUGUUUUUGUUUAUCCCCAACCACUUCGGCUUCACCGCGGAUCACCCUGUAAGACAGUUUGGGCCUCUGUGCCCUCCCACAGCAAAGGCGAUCUAAAGCUUUGUGGGAGGUUUGUGUGGCGUUUCCAUGACAACAACGUGAGAACAGGUUACACAAACUCAGCCGCCGCCGCCACCACCUUCCGGUGGGGAGCAAAGAGCAACCAACCAGAGGCGGGGAGGGAAAGCAAUAAUGAGAAUUAAAAAAAAAAAAAAAGUUACUGUAAUUUAUCGCACUGUGCAAAUCAAUUCACAUCCCCUAAUUUUAGUUUAAGCUGCUUUCCAAAGCACCGAUCACCACUAGUAACCCAUUUGCAAAUAUUAUGGGAGAAGAUUGCCUCCAUAUAUAUAUAGAGAGAGAGAGAGAGAGCGCUAGUUUUCUGGACGUGUUCAAAUAAGGCACAUUUCUACCACAGCUCUUAGAUGCGUUUCUCGAUUGUCUCGAAUCUGGUUUUUAAUUGGCAUUCCACGCCAGUUUGGAACAUAUUUCCUUGGAAAGAGGUCUCAAUAAACGAGUUUCUUUCAGUUGCAAGCCAUGGGCACCACCAGGGCAAAGUUAACUUUUUUUUAAAAAGUCCACUUUAUUUCAGAGGGAGUUGGGAUCGCUUCCUUAACUUGCUUAACUUUCUGCGGAUCCUUCCGAUGACUUGGACAUGAGUCAAACUGACCUUAGUUGGCUUCCAUUCAGACGUUUAAAGAUGGCGGUGUGUGAGGAUUUAAAAGUUUUAUGCUCUUUGCUUUAUCUUCAUAUAUAUUAUGUAGGCUACAGAAAGCCACGAGUUAAACGCCAAAAAGCAUUUUCUAUAUUAUUCUGUUAUGCCAAAUCUGAGAACCAUCUCAGGUUGAACCAUAUGAUUCUAGCCAACCUAAGCUGACUCCUUGAACCCAAGGGGGAUUUUGGUCGGCGCGAAGAAGGAAGCAGGCGAGCCUGUGGGGCGCACACACGUGUGGGAGAAGGGCCCGUCUUCUCCCAACCUCGUGGGAACAGCUUGAAUGUUUCGGAUCUGUUCUUGGUAGAAAUCUCAAUCUCUCUCAGUUUUUUGCGAAUUAGGAUUUCAGUGUUGUUGUUGUUUUUAAAAUAGAUUAGUUCAGAUACUUUCCAUGUUCUCGAGCUUCCCUUAUAAUCUCAAGAGGUAGGCAGAGGGAAAGGAGGGUUAUACUUCUGACUUUCUUUGAGGAGUCACUUUCCCUUCUCAGGGUUGAUCGAGCAGAAAUAAUUUCAGAUUGUUGGAUUGAUCAUAUGGGAUGGGAGAGUGGCGUGCAGGGCUAGGGGAGAAGAGGAGGGUCACAGUCCGAGAGAACCCUUCAGAAAUCACUAAGGUUUUCAGACAGGCAGUAUAAGAAACAACGAGGGCGGAAUGUACUUAUUUAUAUGGGUGUUGCUUCUUUUGAAAAAUCGCAGCUCUAUAUAAUGAAAGAGUUUUGCAUUCCACAAGAGGCUGCGAUAAUCUUGUUGAAAGUGGAUGAGGGUGGGAACGACGAUAAAUGUUCUUUUGGGAAAGAGAGAAAAUGUAUAUAUAUACUAGAAGAGAAUUUCUUCUCUUUUUGGCAUCCUUAGGCUCAAUAUAUCUAAAAACGUGGGGGCAGCGAGGAUUUGUAUGAGAAUUAUAAGGAAGCGAGUUUACUGCAAGGUUGGUGUCCAUUUCAAGAAGCUAUCACCCGAUUCCAAUGUUUACAUUUUAAAGAGCGAGAGAGUGACAGACAGAAAGGAAGAAACCGUGUUAUUAAGGCUGAUGUUUCUUCCAAGAUGCAUUUUGUUUUCCGUCGUGUUUGGGAAAAAAAAUACUCCCCAUUUGUUUUACUACUGUAAAAGUUUAGCAAUUGGGAGUGGUGGGUGUUGCAAUAAAACUAAACCCACACUCCCACGGCGGGCGUUUUCCCUCUUCUAAUAGAAGAAAAUUCCAUCCAGGUUAAAAUGGAAGCAUUUAAAUUAUUUUAUUUUUUGCUGAUUAAAAUCUGUGGCUUUCAAAUCCUAAUAAUUACCUACAGAGUAGUUCGGAGUCUUGGUUGGCAGGAAGAGGGGGGUGGGAUCGAUUGUGUCCCCAUCAAUAGAACAAGCGCUGGCUACUUUGCUAUCGAUUGGUGUGUUUAUUUGCGCCCGGUUUUUAAGUAUUUAUGUACAGAUUUUCGGUCUUCUUUUCUUUUUUCUUUUGCCUUGAUCUUAUCUUAGCGGCUUGGUGCUGAGCAAAAGGCGGAGGAGAUGCAGGCUUGGAAGAGUCCUUCUUAACAGCGCACCUGAUUGUGGAUUAUUAUAUAUCUAACAAUCAACUCAUACAUGCUCUCUUCACGUUGCGAGAAAUUAAGAAAUCGCUUAGAUUUCGCGUUUUUGCUCUCCGUUUUCUUUAUAUUAUAAUAAUAUACUUUAUGUUGCGAAAAGUUUGAAAACCUUGAGAAAUAAUGCAUAUAUAUUAUAUACACAUUUUAUCUCUCUCUCUCUCUCUCUCUCACUCACUCACACACACACACACACACACAAGAGAAAGAGUGAGAACGGGAGAUAUUACAUAGGAGAAUCGAGUAGUACCCUUAGUAAACACACAUAAUAUCAGAGGUUGGUUGGAAGGGAUUUGAGCCCAGCGCUUCCUGAACAGCAGCGGCGCAAUUUCCGUCCUGCAACCCGAAUCUUAACUGGGCUCGGAAUCUGACUGCGCGUUUGUUCCUUAUAAAAUCCCUCUCAGCGCUCCCUCCCGAAGGUUUCUAAAAGCUUUGGCCAGCAAGAACCUUUCGGAAAUGCAUGAUUCUCUAUACUAGCAGCGCACCGCGGAUUCGUUUCAUUUCCGCUGGUUUGAGUAAAUGGGCGUCGGGAUAGCGGCCUUACGGCGAUCUGCCUUUCUUAAUUGAAACCACAAUAUUCUAUCUCACUGUGACGGGCGAUAUGUGACCUGUUCCUGUUAAACCACGAAGGUGAAAGGACACAUUUGGCCAGAAUUAUAAACUCCUCCGGGCUUUUGAGAAUCGUUGGAAGCGCUUUUGUAUGAAGUUCGUCCGUUAAAACCCCCGAACCCUUCAUUAGCAGGCCGGCCAUCCCAAUCCUACUCUCAUCGAUCUAGAAGUGUGAUGAGUUUUGCAGGCACCUUAAAAUUUAUUAUGCCACAAUAAAUUGGUGAAGUUUUGAAGGCUGCCGUCAAGAUUCUUUGCAGUUUUGGCUGCAACUGAUUAGUGGGGCAACUUUUCUGGUUGUUGAGUUUUCUUUCCAUGUGCCACAAUUGAGGGGAAAUUCUGAGCUUCUAAAAUCAAGAUUGCUUUCUUCAUAAAUUCUCAUUCGUCCAUUUUUUGGGAGGGGAAGCGGAGUCUAGCCCCCGCUUCAGAUAAAAUUCCUGUAGAAUAGAAAUGCCGGUUGACUGGUGCAUUUAUUUAUUUACCCUAGGAAUCCCCUCCUCAUUUUUCUACUUCAACCUCUCCAACCCAACUGUUGGAAAAUAGAGUCAUUCCGGGCCGUUUGUUUAUGAUCCCGCCGAGCUGUCAAAAGCUAUCUUUAAAAGGUACUGUUUGUCCCUAGGUCAGUUCUGUUGGAGCCACUGGGGCAGAUUUCCAAGAAAUCCCAAACAACAGCAUUUUGAGGUUAAACCCCACUGACAUCCAUGUGCCUUACUUCCGAGUAAACCGCGUCAGCAUUGGCCUGCGGAUUUAUUUGGCAUCAGAGAGCUAGACACCCGAUCCUAAAACAUUUACCUGGGAAGUUAUUCCCUUGUUUUUGAACGCAACUUUGAGAGUCUAAUGAGUUAAGGAUCAUUUUCCCCUGGUCUCACGUUAAGCCUGUGAACUCUGCACUUCAGUUGGAUCUUACUCUGCACUUCAGUUGGACCUGUGGAUCUUACUUCCAGAUAAACUGCGUUUAGGACUAAGGUGUCAGAAAUAUUAUUAUAGUUAUUGUUGUUAUUAGAACAUCCGUUCUUUUGCAAGUUGUAGAAGCUAGAUACCAGCGCACCAGACGCAGAUUUGAAGACGGUCUAUGCUUGGAUCCUAUGGCGCUAAGUCUUUCCUGUGAAUGAACUAGAAAACACUCGACAGGUCGUGAAUAAUCGUUUUAAUGAGUGUGUAAAGCGUGCGACGGGGUGCACGGAGCUGUCGGGUUAAACAAACAACUUGUACCCUGACGAAAUCCGAUUGUUAAAGUGCAAAGUGGUGUCAGUCCAAUUUUCAUCCUAGCCCUAAAAACCACAGAUCUAACUCGCGGGAGUCCAAAUUUUCCCCAUUAAAGAAAAAUAACAAUAUUUUCCGAGCGUAAGUGUGAUCUUCUUGAACGUUACUGAAGACCAAAAAAAGCAUCAAUUGCAAGCCAAACAGGUAUCUUAAGUAUUUUUUAAUGGGUUUCCUCCUCGUAGGGUGUGGACCCUGAACACAUUUUGUUGGAAGAAAGUGCUAUUAAUUUUAUGGACACUAACUCCCCACCAAAUGUAAAUGUGUUUGAAGUCGAGGUGGAAGGUUUAUUUUUAAUACCCGAAGCCUCAUCUUAAACAGAUUUAAGUGGAAUAAAAACAUCAUUGAAAGUAAGUUUCACUGAAAUAAUUAGAGCUAAGAUGCGUAAAUAUGUUGACUUGUUUUUUUAAUACGUUCAUGCUAUAUUCUAAAGCACAGACUCAGUGUUCCCCAAAGCGCUUGUUUGUAACCCCUUAGCCACUUUCCUGGGAGUAAGUCCCAUUGGACUCAACGGGACUUACUUCUGAGGAGACACUUCCAGUAUUCCUCUGUCAGGCUGCUUCUUUACAUAGGAAUCAACCGUAGCUGAACAGGGGGACUCCCUUUUGAAUAUACAGGAAUGAUGUUGCCCUGUGUAAGUAAAGUCAUUUUGGAAAUGGUUGUCUGUAUUUUACUGUAUUUUACUGUACACAAAACAGUAUGGCGUAAUCCGCCUCCCAUCUUUUUUUUUUAUGUUAAUGAGGGACACCGUAAAGCUCGAGUUCCUAUGGAUCUCUGUAGCGCCUGCGUGCUUCGUUUUCGUCCCGAUCCAAAGUUGCAUCGAGUCCCAUUUCUCGUGCGCUGCGCAUGGAAGGCGCCAGUCAGAAAGACCAUUUUCUUCCCAUCGAAGAAAAUGUGUGCCCACAACACAACUGAAAGAAAAUAGAACUUGAAAGGUGUUUAAGGAGAUGGCUAGGGAAUCAGGCGUUGUCCUUCGAUUUCUUCUGAUUCCAGAGCUAUUUCCUGUUGGCAUCGAGCAUCUGACGGAUGCGACACUUCUUACUCGCUGGGAAGAGGCCUGUAAUGCAUCACGUGAGGCUUUGUAGUAGGUAAAGAAAAUAGAUGGAGGCCCUCCCCCUCCCCGCCACGUAUCAAAACAGCCGGAUGCAAGUCUAGAAAUGGGCUGAAACAUGAUGGGGGAGGGGAGUAACAAUGCGUUCCUAGCAUGCAGUUCCAAGCAGGUCUUCUCAGAAGUAAGUACCAUUGAUUUCAAUAGUACUUACAAGAAUACAACCUAAGGUCAAUUCAGGGUGGGAAAGAAACGGCCUCUGAUUCCAAAGUUGCCGUUAUUCCAUUUAUUCCGUGUACGGGGUGUGCGAGGCGAGGUAGUGAGCCCACCUCCGCCCCAAGCCUUCUGCAAAACGCUAAGAUACCAAUGAAAUAGGCAGCAGCCGCAUCCACAAUAAGAUCAGGAACGCGCGCUGGAGUCUCAUAGAAACAAACUGGGGCAUGACUCCAGCGUGGUAGUUUCCAGAGUGUUGCUAGCAGGGGUGCCAACUUGAAUGAAAUAUUGGGGGGGGGGGGCAGGUAAGCCCCGCCCAGCAUAAUCGAUCACAUGACAUGGUGCACACACACCAUUUGAAUGGCAAUGCCUAUAGGUUUUUGUUGGGGGGGGCAGAUUGGUCAGUUAGUUAAAUAUUUCUAUUGUUUUACUUGAUGGGGGGCAGCUGCCCCAUGGCAAUGCUCCUCAACUUUGCAGGGGUCCAGCCCCCUCAAAUAUUUUAUUGCAGAGCGGAAGCCCCCACGGCCCCUAGGGGUUGCCUGCUAUGAUUGCUAGACCAGGCAGACAUGAGUUGGAAUUGGACCUAGCCCUGAAUUUUUCCACGAUCUAAGACCAAUUGCCAUCUUUCGGUCUAAACGGGAACAAAAUGGGGAAGACUAUGCACUCUCCCCCCGAGUUUCAUUGAAAAGAGCGAGUUAAAAUUAUAAAAAAUACAUAAAUCCGUUUGAAGUGGAUUUUUUUUCUUUUGGGGGGACAGAGGGGAUGUUUACUGGCUAUAGAGAAAAUAAUUUUAAAGUCCCAUGCGUGGAGGGGGUGGCGGGAUGGAUGCACCAAUGGGACUAAUUCCAGAAGUCUCAUGAGUUUCAAAUUUGAAUCUGACGCGAAAGACUAUCUGGAACAGGGCCCAUAUGCUUAGACCUGGGUGGGCAAUACGUGAGCUGCUUACGGAACGGUGCAGGAGGGAACGAAUCCUGCGCAACUGGAUCCCUCCAAUUUUCACGCCACCAAGAGCUUCCAGAACUCCCAAGUGUCAGCCUAAGGAGAUUAUCAUGGAAGGAAAGAAGCAACGCUCAAAGAGCGACUGUUUAUUAGGUAGCCGCCUAAGUCGCAAGCAGCUAUCCACUUCCCUGUGAAUAAGCCCCAUUGACCUCAGUGGGACUUACUUCUAAAUAAACGUGCAUGGGAUUGCUCUGUAAAGCUGAAAGGUAUGCACGGAGGGCCGUGGAGGAGAGCAAGCCACUGCUAGAUUCAGCAUAGAUCCCUAAAUCCACACUAGGAUGAGCAGUCCUUGGAUCCGAGUCUCUCCCUGGAUAAUGAUAAUGAUGAUGAUUCAGUGGGGCUUACUUCCAAGUAACGGGGUAUAGGAUUUCAACCUCAGUAUUCUCCAGGUUCGUAAUUCUCAAAGGGGCAUUAAUUUUAUUCCACUGCCAGCAUGUUGCCUUAGGGUCUACGAUUGGGAAAGCAGGUCGUUUGGUGCGCCGGAAAACCAAAGUUGAUUUCUGUCUGCUGCUCUCAUGAAACGCCUAAACAAACAAACAACAGCCCCCUCGAGGUUUCUGUUUUGUUUUGCCUUCCUCCCUCUCGCAACAAUAGCGCGCCUUUCCACUGAGCUCCUAUGGAUUUCAAGAGAACUUCCCCCCACAGGGGUGCUGGCUGGGCCCCGGCUUCCUAAUAGAACAGUGUAAAUACUCCAAGAUUGCAUCUGGAUCCCCCUCCCCUCCCUCUCUUCCCUGUUUCCAUUUAAGGAAAGGAAGGCAACGCGGGUAACCAUCUUCCUUGUUUCCAUACGCGAUUAUGACUCUACCUCAUCACAAAGGAUGAGGUCUGCGAUCCGCUUUUUAAAAAAAUGUUUCAGGAAGCUGGGAUCUUGUCCCAGCUUAAGUCCAUGUUAAAAGAUGUUUAAAACCCGAACACCUCUAACGCCCCGAGGAGUUCCUCCAAGAAUUGCCCCAGAAGUCAAUGCUUCACAUCUUUAAUCGAAAGUACGCCUGGGCUGAACUCGGCGGUCCUCUGAUUCGCAUGUAAGAGUUGCAAUCCCAGCAUAGGAGCCAACUCCUAGAGGCCGAGGUCCCUUCGCCCUUCCCCCAAUAAAAUGUUUGAGGGGGCUACGGCCCCCCCCCAAAGUUUAUGGUCAUUGCCAUUCAAAUGGCGUGCUUGCGCCGUGUCUUGUGAUCGAUUAUGCGGGGUGGGGCUUACUUGCCCCCCCCAAUAUUUUAUUCGGGUUGGCACCCCUGUAUCCCGUUAUCACAACCGUCUAAGUUCAGCUCGUCUAAAUGCGUGUUCUGUAACGGGCCAGCAAACCCGCAUCUCAGUCCGCAACAUCCGCCGGAUGUACCGGCUCGGUGCUUUCUUCUGAGGCAAGAGGUUGUGAGGGUGAGGGUCUCUUGGACCCGUGUCUCGGCAAGGAUACUGGAUACAGCCUCCCCUUCCCGCAAAAAUCUUUGUUUUUGUUUUAAAGAAAAAAAUAGCAGAAGUUGUGUCCCCUCUAUUUUUCGGUCUUCAGUGGAUAGUCCCCCGCGAAACCCCCGUCUGAAAAAAAGCAAAAAGCGAAGAGGGUGAAAACUGUAGGUGUAACUUCAACGUGGUCCGCUGAAAACGCCGGGGAAACGGAGCUGCGUUGGAGGUGGGAGAUUAGCCCGUGGGGCCUUUGAGACACAUCUGAGGCACGGCGGUGCUUAAAGGAAUGUCCAAAUCGGCAGAAGAGUGUAAAACCUCAGAGGUUAAGAACAUAAGCUCUUUGCCCCUUGACAACAAAAGCAUCAACGUCUCCCUCACCCCACUCCCUCCCUCCCCUCUUUCCUGCAAACACCAAAAAAGACCCCAGAGGCUCGGAUCCUUCUUAGCUCUUCGGUAUUUAGCCUCUUGACGUAAGUGGGACGGGCAGCAGGAUUCAAAACUUGGCUGAAGGAGACCUUUAGAGCGAUUCGAGUUGCACUGAAGUCAACUGCGCCUUCGCCGGGCUUGAAAUCAGUUCAUUCGGUCUAAAGUGGUUGAUGGGUAAUAGAUUCACAUAAUCAUUAGCUUAAAAUGUUCCACGGCACGGGACGGCCGAUCUGACUGGCUCUCUCUCCAUAUAUAUAUAUAUAUAUAUAUAUAUAUAUAUAUAUAUAUGUGUGUGUGUGUGUGUGUGUGUGAGAGAGAGAGAGAGAGAGAGAGAGAGUCGUUCAACACGUGAGAAUAAGAGCGCCUCUUUCGAAAGCGUCAUUCCCAUUUUCUCAAAUAAUGCUUAAGGUUGCCAUCCUCCUCGAAUUUACCUGGGAACAAGCCCCAUUGAACUCCGGUGGGACUUUCUUUUGAGUAGAUGGGCCUUUUUUUUUUUUAGCUUUUGCUUUGAAUGGGAUGAAAAGCGUCCAAUGGGUUAGGUGAGGGCGCUUUUAGAAGGGAUGCUUCAGAAAGCUUUUAAUACGCACCGGGAAAUAUUCUUCAAGUAGGACUGGAAAAGAAUAGGAGGACCAUUUGGAAAAUAAGUUCCGGUAUCAGCCAACGUUUGCUAGUCUGAUUCUGUUUCCGAAAAGUGCUGCUUGCGGAACAAUCCUAUGUAUGUCCGCUCAGAAAUAAAUUCUGUGGAAUUCAACGGGGAGGCCUGAAUUCCACAGGAAAAUGUCUUUAGGGCUGCCGCAUCAUCUUAUAAACUUCCACUCGGAGGCUCGCCAAAGUCCUAACCUCAGCAUCUUUGGGGAACGUUGAGAGACAUAUUUGUACUAGUAUUCGUUGGUCAGGGCUGCCAGGUAAAGGUGGGCCCAUCUCAGUGAAUUUGGUGAAAUUUUAUACUGUUUUCAUGAGCGGAAGAGGUAGCAAGAAUCAUGGCUGAGCCUUCUGAAAAUAUUUUAAAUAAUCAUAAUAAUAUUCACCAAUCCCAGUUUUCAGUAUAAACUCUGAAAUGGCCAGCAUAUAUUUUCUAUUCUAAAAAACCCUGUGCUUUUUGUUUUUUUACAACUUUAUUUCUCAUUAAAACAUUCGGAACAUUAUCUCGGAUUGUAGUUUACCGGUACACUCAGUGCAUUGUAUGUACAGAAGUUGUUGUUUUUGUAAAGUGUCCCCGCAACGUGUUUAUUUUUGUUCCCGAUACUAGACUUGAAUGUGAUGUUUUAGUGCGAGAAUCUUUUGUAAGCCGCUUUGAGGUAUUUGUAAUAAAUAAUCACACCAGUUACAUCAUUGGCCAAUGUGCAUGUCAAUUCCAGGGGAGCCUGCCAGGAUUGGCCAGUGUUCCCCACCUCCUGUGUACCUGGUGACAAAUAUCUGCUUCCGACUUUAUCAGUCGCACCUGUGACACAAGGGACACGUCCAUGUCUGAGUCUUAAAUCCGUUUUACCUUAAAUUGGUCUGUAAACCAAACGUGAGCCCCCACCGUAGCCACUCAGAGCGGUUUUUAAAACGGCUCUAUGCUUCCUUAGCCUACGUUAACACAAUUCACACUAGUGAGGCAAAAAUAGAUUUGAGUGGAAGAACAACCAAAUGCACUUUUGUGUCAGGUGUGAAAGCUCCCUUAAAAAGCCCGGGGCUUUCUAAAACCUAGCGAGGACGUUCGCACAUGCGCCUGGAAAGGUGCUUGCAGGGUCACGUGGAAGCACUCUUCCAGGAGUUUGCAUCCCCUCCCCACCACACUUUAGGAUGGCGAUUUAAACUUAGAGCUCUCUUUUCGCUGUGAGUGCUUAAACAUCCUCGAGCGAUUAAAAUCUGCUCUGAGCGCCUUUUAUUGAACACCAAUUGACUUAUUAGGUGUGCCCACCCCCAAAGUAUUGGAUUCUAGGGUGCAUUUCUGCCGCCUUCCCUUUGGAUCUCCAUAUAUUCUGUUUCGCAGUCUCUACUUGGAAAUUUAUUGACUGAUUUCCGGGAAGCGGCUCGUACCUUUCCUUUGUGGUUCAUUCCACGAUCUGCAUCCACAUUUCUUUAGAGGAAACAGCGCGCUCAGUAGACUAGAGUAGGCGUGUGCGGCACUUUCGGCCCCGCCAGGAGUUGCGGAACUACAACUCCCAUCAUCCAUGGGCAUUAGCCAGUUUUGCAGGGGCUGAUGGGAGCUGUAGUUCAGUAACAUCUGGCAGACCAAAAGUUCCACCCGCCUGCUCUAGGGAAUAUUGCGAGGUGCCUGUUAUUGGGAUAUGUCCUCUCUCCUCUUUUCAGGUAACGCGGAGGAAGGAGCGACGAUGUUGAUGAGCAAAAAGACUGAUGAUGACGCCCAAAGCGGAGGGACGUCAGGAAAAACGGAACGAAAGAAAUGUCUUUAGCAGGAGAAGGCAGGAAAAAAAAUUAUUCCGAAGAGCGGGAAAGGCACCCAACGGCAAAAAGCAACAAACACAACGGACACAGAUUUCUUCUGUUAGGCGUAGCGUGGAAGAAUCUUGAGAGCG